AUGCUGCUUGCCAUGACCAGUUCCACUAUGACCGCCAUGCUGUUCUCUGGCUUGAUGUUUCUAGUUCAAGUUCAAGGUGAUGAUGUGGUAAGGGAGCGUCCUUCUAGACGGACUAGCUGUCCUAAAGGCUACUUUUCCUAUUUUUCAUACUGCUAUGCCUUGUAUAACACACCAACUACCUGGAUGGAUGCGGAACUGACUUGCCAGAAGCAGCGCUCAGGACAUCUUGUAUCUGUGCUUUCUGGGUCGGAGGCUUCCUUUGUGACCUCAAUGAUCAACAGUAAUUUCAAUAACUACAAAUACAUCUGGAUUGGGCUACACGACCCCACAGAGGGCUGUCAACUUAAUGGAGGUGGGUGGAAUUGGAGUAGUAAUGAUGCAUUGAACUACCAUGCAUGGGAGGAAACGCCCACCCUCAAUUCAAAUGCUUUCUGUGGAACUGUGUCACAAAACUCAGUGCAGUGGACUGGUGAAGAUGACUACAGGUUUUGA